AUGUCUCCCCUCCCUAGCAAGAACGAGUGGGCCGACCAGGCUAAGGCUCGCAUCAUGAGCUCUGAGGCCAAGUCUGGCAACGAUCCCGAGUUCGCCAAGCUUGCACAAUCCGAGACCGACAAGGCUCUUGCCAAGAAAGAGUCCGAGGCCGAGCAGGCCCAGAAUGACAAGGCUCAGGUCGACAAUGCUUCCACCGACAAGGGCAAGGCUGACAACACUCAAACCGAUGAGUCUCAGACCGACAAUGCUCAGGGAGCCACUGAUCAGGGCGAGCAGAAGAAGUAA